UUGCUCAGAAAGCUCUCCCCUUCCAGAGGAUCCAACGGCUCGUCACACAGCUGAGGCAUGGGGAUCUUUGGUGCUCUCAGGGGAGGCGCACCAACUUCGAAAUGAAUUGAUGGGAAUCAGCGGCCGGCCUCGGAGUAAUGUCGAUGAGGUGUGACUUGACACAGACACUGCAUGGGAAACUUGGUCUUGUCUCACAACACGACCCAGCUCUGGUUGGCUCCAGUGCUUCAGGAUGUCAAACUGGUUGAGGGCGACAUGUUGGCUGCCGAUGUUGGCGAGGCAACACACAUUUUUCUUUCCUCUUUGUGCUUUGGGCCUCAACUCAUGGAACAAAUCACUGAGAAACUGUCGAAGGAAGCUGUGAAAUUGCAAUGCUUGGCGACUCUCCGAGCCCUUCCAAGAAGCAACUCAGUCUUCAGAUACACUGGUGCAGUCUUUGCGGAAAUGACGUGGACUGGUGUCGAGGGGACUGCAAUACGAUUGUAUUCAUUGACGAGAAUCUGCGCGCUGGAGAACUCUGAUCAUCCCUGAUCCAUUGGUCGACAUGAUGGGCAGCCCUAAAUAUGGCUUGAUUGUGCUUGAUUUAAGUACUUGUAGCCAAAAUGGGCAUGCAAGUCGGAAAGUCUGCAAACAUGGGGAGAUAUACUGAUAAAGGAUGCCAAUGGCGAAAAGGACGGCCAAUGAUGCAAAACAUAUUGCCACCUUAGAAUCUUUAGUGAUCCAGAUAUCUGGACAAAUUACCUGACCAAACUCGGUGUAGCUGUUGCAGCUCAUGUGCCCCGUGGGAAUGCACAAUUGACCGGGUGACCGGUUGCAGACUGGAGAUCUGAACACGAUGGGAUUGUGGAAUUUCGAUGGUUGACAUGUUCAGGCAGAUUCUAAUUAGGAUUAUAGAUAAGAUGCUUCGUCCGAGAUUUGUCACUUUUGAAGAGGUUCUUACAUUCUUACAGAAGGUGACCAGCCACAGGUUGCCUGCAUUUUAGCGAGCACAGUGAUGGAGGCGCGCUUCCUUGCGUUGGGUGCAAAGCUGGCAGUCCUUGCCCCUGAUGAAUUUGAAGGAACACCUUUGGCAGUUCAGAUAGGUAUCACCAGAUUCAGGCAAAGACUCUUUUCAGAUGGUUGCGAGAUCUUGGAUGAGAUUUUUGCUUAAGAUCCCGUGAAGAUGAACUUGGUGGCACUGAAGUCUUAUCCGCCUGAUGCUGAACAAUAUCAAGAUGGUCUCUGUCACUGACAACAAUGAUUUGGCACUGGAGGAGCUGCUAAAAAGCCCUUUGACUCCCAAUGUUGGAGACGAACAUGACACAACACCUUUCUGGCGAGGAGAGGACAUGUUGAAAGCCCACAGCUUUUGCUUGAAGCAGGUGCUGAAAAAGAUGCAUGAGACAGAGCCUGAAAUGAUGACGCCAUUGCGCAGGCCAUCUUGACAUCAUUUGCUAUCUGGUGGAGGUUGGCACUGACGCAGAUCAGCACGCAGACAGCGGUGCAACACUGUUAUUUAUGGUAGCUGGACAUGGCUUCGCUAUCUAGUAGAAGUUGGUGCCCACGAAGAUGAAUCAAACUAAGAGUGAUAAUGCAACGCUGUCGUUGAUUGCAGCACCGGAAGGCCAUCUUGACGUGGUUGGUUCAUUAUUUGGUGAAAGUUGGCGCCUGCAAAGAUGAGACAACCACGAAUAGUGUGCCUCAGCCGUUCGCUUCAUGACCGAAAGAGGCGUCGAUACCCGAGCAUCAAUGGGCAAUGGAGCAGCUCCUUUCGACCUGGCAUCUCAACGUGGUCAAGUUUGUUCCUUUCCUGGCAGAGUUACCGAAUCGCCCCCAGCUAAAAUCCAAAGGAUCCGUUGAGAGCCAGGCACCCUGGGAAAAAAAAAAGCGUUCCAGCAGCUGGCUUAACAUAAUAUGGCCAUUCACAGCUUUUCACGCUUACAACUUUCAAGCAUCCACAUGCAUAUCCCAGCCAAGUAGCUUUCGCGCCUUCCCCCCUGGCCUCAAGUUUGGAUGCAGCGCGAUGGUAGUCGCCCUGCGAUGUAUUGACCACAUUGA